CGCUCCCGGCUCCCGCGCCCCCGCCCUCAAUCUCCUGCCCGCAGCCGGCGCAGGCAUCAUCCCCGAGGAGUACGUGCUCACGCGGCUGGCCGAGGACCCCGCAGAGCCCCGGUACCGAGCUCGGGAGCGGAGGGCCCGCUUCGUGUCCAAGAACGGCAAUUGCAACGUAGCGCACAAGAACAUCCGGGAGCAGGGCCGAUUCCUGCAGGACGUAUUCACCACGCUGGUGGACCUCAAGUGGCCACACACACUGCUCAUCUUUACCAUGUCCUUCCUGUGCAGCUGGCUGCUCUUUGCCAUGGUCUGGUGGCUCAUCGCCUUCGCCCACGGUGACCUGGCCCCCGGUGAGGGCACUGCGGUGCCCUGUGUCACCAGCAUCCACUCUUUUUCAUCCGCCUUCCUUUUCUCCAUUGAGGUCCAGGUGACCAUUGGCUUUGGCGGGCGCAUGGUGACCGAGGAGUGCCCGCUGGCCAUCUUGAUCCUCAUUGUGCAGAACAUCGUGGGGCUCAUGAUCAAUGCCAUCAUGCUGGGCUGCAUCUUCAUGAAGACGGCCCAGGCCCAUCGGCGGGCCGAGACCCUCAUCUUCAGCAAGCAUGCGGUCAUCGCAGUGCGCCACGGCCGCCUCUGCUUCAUGCUGCGCGUCGGUGACCUCCGCAAGAGCAUGAUCAUCAGCGCCACCAUCCACAUGCAGGUGGUGCGCAAGACCACCAGCCCCGAGGGUGAAGUGGUGCCCCUACACCAGGUGGACAUCCCCAUGGAGAACGGUGUGGGCGGCAACAGCAUCUUCCUGGUAGCUCCUCUCAUCAUCUACCACGUCAUUGAUGCCAACAGUCCACUCUAUGACCUGGCACCCAGCGACCUGCAUCACCAUCAAGACCUGGAGAUCAUUGUCAUCCUGGAGGGCGUGGUGGAAACCACGGGCAUCACUACCCAGGCCCGCACCUCCUACCUGGCCGAUGAGAUCCUCUGGGGCCAGCGCUUUGUACCCAUCGUGGCCGAGGAGGAUGGCCGCUACUCUGUGGACUACUCCAAAUUUGGCAACACCAUCAAAGUGCCCACGCCACUCUGCACGGCCCGCCAGCUUGAUGAGGACCGCAGCCUGCUGGACGCCCUGACCCUCGCCUCGGCCCGCGGUCCCCUGCGCAAGCGCAGUGUGGCUGUGGCCAAGGCCAAACCCAAGUUUAGCAUCUCUCCGGAUUCCCUGUCCUGAGCCAUGGUCCCAUGGGCCCCCACACUGCUUGUGCGCACAGGGCAGUAUGGUAUGGUAUGUAGAGUGGACGUGGUGUGGGCUCCGUAGCCAGGCCAGGACCGGGUGUGAGGCUGGGCCCUCUUCAGCUCAGCCUCCCCUCCUGCUGUUAGCCCAUGGUGUUACAAGGCACUUGUCACUCCUCUAUUUCUGGCCUCAGCGGGAGCCUGUACUGGGUUAUUUUUGUCUCUGCUCCUCCCAGCCCCAGCUCAGGACUGGCUCACCCUCCUCUCCCCUCCCCAGGCUGGGGAAGCUGUGGGAAGCACUGGACCCUAAAAGUUCGGUCUCCAGCCAGUUCUGCAUCCCCAUGCUCAGUUGACCACGAGCUGGGCAGGUGGCUGGGGAAGAACAAUCCCCAGGUUGGCAAUCGGCUGCUCUGUUUCUGUGGCCCCUAAGAGAUGGCCAGCCACUCUUGGUCCCUGAAGAAGUGAUGACCUCAUGGGUGGGCCCUGCCAGCUGGGGAAGGCAGUCACUGAAGGAGCGUGUUCCAGCCGGAGGAUUGGAGGUAUGCACAGGCUCAGGGAGGAAAUGGUGUGCAGACACUCAGCUAUGCUGAGCCCUAGUCGGGCACAGGAAAGAGGAGAUGGGCCCCUGUGCCCUCGCCCCGUGCCCCGACACUGAGGCUUGGAUGGUGAGGGGCUGCUGUGCCUGCCUGCUGCUGUUCCAUCCCGGGAGGCGGGGGCGAGCCGGGGCAGACAUUGGCAUGCCAGGAAGAAGAAGGCUGAGGAGAGGGGGUCCUGGGCCCACCAUCCAGACUUGAACUCUGGUUCUGGCUCCCCACCAGAGGCUGUCACUCCGUCUGUCCAGAGCGUGGCUGUGGAGGGUCUUUGGGCUGCUAGAAAAGGAGGUGUUGGAAAGCUCAGGAUGGCGGAGGUGAGCAAGGCCCCUGACACAAGGAGGCCGUUGGUCCUCACGGGCCUGACCACAGGCGGGGCUCCUGGAGCGGUGCUGUCACCUGCCCAGGAUUCUACUUUCUCUCGUCAAUAAAACCUCCCUAAACUCUGGGCAGUUCUUGCUGGGGAAGGAGGAGGCCUACUGCUGGGCAGGGAGGGCACAUUCCGAAGGGCACAGACCCUAACUGGGCAGCCAGGGAAAGCUGACCCUUAGCGCCCGAUUCAGAGAGACUUUUACCUUUCUGCCUCAGGUAGCCCAGCCCUGCCAGCCUGUCUGGCCAUUUCAAUUUUGAGGCCCCCAUCAGGCUUCUAGCCCUGUGCCCCGGCCUCCAUGCCCGGGGAUCUGCUGGAAGCCUGGGGUGGUCAGGGCAAGAGGUGCAACACCAUAUGCAUUAGUGUACAGGCAUACGUUGGAGAUAUUUUGCAGGUUUGGUGUCAGACCACCGCCGCGAAACAAAUGUGGAGAAAAAGAGUCAAAUGAAUUUUUUGGUUUCCCACUGCAUAUAAAAGUCAUGUUUACACUCUACUGCAGUCUGUUAAGUGUGCAAUAGCAUUAUGUCUAAAAAAAGCAAUGUACCCUACCUUAAUUAAAAAAUACUUCAUUGCUACAAA